UGUUUGCCAACCCCCAGAGAGGAAGAAGAAAAUAAAAGGAGAAGCUUUGAAUCAUGUCUAAGUUCAGCACAGUAAUUUGGCCUAAAGUCGUUUUAUUUGGUGACUCCAUCACACAGUUUUCCUUUCAACCCAAUGGAUGGGGAGCAGAAACUGCAAAUAAACUUGCAAGGAAAUGUGACGUUGUGAACAGAGGAUUGUCUGGCUAUAACUCCAGAUGGGCAAAGAUGGUCCUUCCUCGCCUCAUCAGCAGCCAGAAUGCAGCAGAAAAUAACAUAGCAGCUGUCACCGUAUUCUUUGGAGCAAACGAUGCUUCGCUGGAAGAUAAGAACCCACAGCAGCACGUCCCCCUAACGGAGUAUUCAGAGAACCUGAAGGAGAUCAGCAGGUUUCUGACCUCAGCUGGCGUUCCGGCAGACAAAGUCAUCUUCAUCACUCCUCCUCCGAUUCACGAGCCGGCCUGGGAGAAGGAGUGCGUCCUGAAAGGAUGUCCUCUCAAUCGGCACAACUCGGUGGCCGGACAGUACGCUCAGGCCUGCGUUCAGGCGGCUGGUCAGUGUGGGUCGGACGUCCUGGACCUCUGGACGCUCAUGCAGAAAGACGGACAAGACUUUACCGCCUACCUGUCUGACGGGCUGCACCUCUCCGAGAAGGGAAACCAGUUUGUGGCGCAGCAUCUCUGGAGCAUACUGGAGAGCCGCGUGGCUCACCUGCCCUUCAUUCUGGCUUACUGGGGAGACGUGGACACCAGCAGCCCAGAGAGCAGCCUCCUCUGCUACUCAUGAAGAAGAGGACGUCUCGAAAGCUUAAAAACAAGCAGUGGACUUUAGACUUCCCAAAGUAUUAGUUUGUUUUUGGGAAUUACAGCAACUGGAGUCCAAACUCUCCUGUGAAGUAUUAGGACUACUGUAGGGAUAAGGGGAAAAGGACUCUGAAAUUUUUAGAUUAAUCUCAGAAAUUCUCUAGAAAAAACAAAAACAUUUUUGCUAGAAAGAAAAAAAAAUCAGAAACUCAGAAUCUCAAAUUUUCUAGAAAAUGGCUUUAAAAUCUCCUAGAUUUUAAAAGUAGAAAUUUUGGUAGAAAAAAAAUCAAAUUCAAGAAAAAAAAAAGUACGUUUUUGAGUUUGAAAAAUUGCAAAUUUGCUAGCAAAAUAAGAAAUUAAGGAUUUCAAAUUUCCUAGGAAAUGGUUUUAAAAAUUGAGUUUUAAAAGUUGAAAAUUUGGUAGAAAAAAAAGUAUUUUUUUUUUAAUUGAGUUUGAAAAGUUGUAAGUUUGCUUAAAAAAAAAAAAAAAAAAAAAAAUCAAAAAAUUGAGGAUCUCACAUUUCCGAGCUUGAAAUUUUGAUAGAAAAAUUCAGAAAUUUUCUAGAAAAAACUUGGACAAUUGAGAAUUUAUUUUUCAGGCAAGUUUGACUUAUAAAAGUUUUUUAGAACAUUUCUGAGAUUAAAUUUAAAAAAACCUAAACUUUUUUUUAAUUUCAAACUUAGAAUUUUCCAAAAGUUCCUGAAAAUUUCUAAGAUUAAUUAAAAAUAUUUCUGAAUUGU